UUCUCUUCCUCCCAGUCUCCCAGUCGGGUUGUAUCAUUGGUUUUGUGGGCUCCUCCUCUACCUCGUAGGGGAUAAUAGCUGGUGCAAAGUGAAUCUGGACUUGCAGCCAGUGCCUAGUGUGUGGCGAGGACAUCUCUUAAAGAGGAGCUGUGGAGAGACGUUUGUUUGGGGACCUACAGGAAGUUUGAUUCGCAAACUUUUAAAUGAUACAUCCCUCUGAAUUUUUGGAAACUAAGAUUGGAUGGAGAUGACUGGACACAUCUUCACACACCUGCUCUGUCUUGUGUGCCUCUGCUCCGCUCAUCCUCACCCAGCUUCUCCCCAAACAACGGCAAAGAUACCUAGCAGCCUGCAUGUCGCUGGCUCUCUAGGUAGCAGUGCGGUGUUGACGUGCGACCUUUCCAUGUUGCCAUCCCUCAGCAGUGCCACGCACACUCACACACACACACGCCUUCUUGACGAGGAUUUCAGAGUCCAGUGGUUGAAGCUGGAAAAGCCAAAGGACAAGCAGAUUCUGGUGAUGCAGGGAUCAAACAUGCAGUUGGGGACGGAGUUUGAGGGUAGAGUGUCAGUGCCCGACCACCCGCUGUUAAUUAGGAACGCUUCACUGACAAUCUUCAACCUCCAGAGAAGUGAUGAAGGGUUGUACCUUUGCAAGGCAACACAUGGACUGGAGGACACCAAGAACAUAGUGAGCCUCAGCGUAUCCGGCGUGGUGUUUCACUACCGAGCCAGCUCCAGCCGCUACUCUCUGGACUUUGAUGAGGCGACGGAGGCGUGUCGCUCUGUCAACGCCUCUAUCGCCACACCUGAACAGCUGACUGCUGCCUUCAAGGACGACUUAGAUCAAUGUGACGCAGGGUGGCUCGCUGACCAGUCUGUCCGAUAUCCAAUCAGAGUGCCUCGUCCUGGCUGUGAGGGUAACCUCGGCGAUGAACCAGGUGUAAGAACGUACGGCCGCCGUGACUCCACAGAGAGAUACGACGUAUACUGCUUCGUAGAUGAACUGCAGGGUGAUGUCUUCUAUCCGACCUCCAUAACCACCAAGCUUACCUGGCAAGAGGCGAAGGAGGUGUGUGAGAGGCAUGACGCCGUGCUGGCGUCCCCUGGUCAGCUUUUUGCUGCCUGGAUGGCGGGGCUGAGCCGCUGCGACUACGGUUGGCUGUCUGAUGGCAGUGUCCGGUACCCCAUGAAUCUCCCCCUGCCUCAGUGUGGAGGAGGCCUGCUGGGUGUUCGAACCCUCUACAAGUACAACAAUCAAACUGGCUUCCCAGACCAGAGCGACAAGCACGGAGCUUUCUGCUUUAAAGCUAACCCCCCAGUAACAACAGUCGGCUCACAGAUGAGCACGGCUGCGUACAAACCCGACCCCUCCACGUCCAGUCUGCACGCUCCGACAUCCUCACACCCAGACGGAGCUGAACUUCGGGUCAGAACACCAGAGCCAGCAGCGUUUUCACCAGCAGGGAGCCUCUCUGCAGACCUCUCCUCUCCUCACGUCAGCAACUGGACGCCCACUCCUGCAUCGGCUGACUACGAUAUUCAAGAUUUCAACCCUUUCAACCAGGUUGAGUCAGUGCCAGUUAGAGGGGACGUUUUGCCCAGACCCCUGUCUCCUUCACCCACCCCCCACAUUCAGCAUCCACAACUGGCAACCCACCAACCAGGUGAGCAGGGAAUGGGUGGCGGUGUGGAUGUCAGUUCCAACAGCGCCGCGGGAGGAGAAUUUACUCCAGAGAGCACCUCUACACCAAGACUGGCGGGCGAAAGUGUCACAGGGAUUAAAACCUCAUCACUGAAAGCAACGUUGAGUCCUUCCCCUCUCCCAGAGAUUGUCCCAUCAGAGCCAGACCCCCAGUUGUUCAAGCCAGACGUGUAUCAGCAGCCUGAUAAAGAGAAGGUCAUCCCUGAGUCAUCAACCGAACUGGAGCUGAAACCAAAUAUAGACGUUUCUUUAAGUGGAGACUCAUCAGAGAAACCUCCUCUCCAUGUCCUCAUCGUUAACAUACCCAGGGGAAAUGAUUCAGGAAUGGAUCAGGAAGAACAGUCUGCUGCAGUGAGUCGUGUCUUGGACUUCCUAAACCAGCCGUCAAAUGGUUCCCAGCCUGUCUUCCCACACAUCCCCGGACUCACACAGAUAUCCAGUGAGGCUGUACAGAGCAACGGAGACUCUGAACUCCUGCCUGAGACCAUCCGCUUUGUCAACGGAAAACAUGAGGUGACGUUCAGCCCACAAACACCAGUGGAAGCCCGAGGGGAUCAGUUUGAGACAGCGUCUCCUAUUUAUGUGGGGGAGGUUGAAGAUGGGGACAAAGAGGAUUCAAGUGUGCCUCCUCCAGCCUACAGCGUUUUACAGCACCACACAGACAAGGCCAUUGAUGAGGCUACUCCUCCUGCAGAUGCAGCCCAACAGGGUGGUACUGUUUCAGUCCUUGAUGUCAAGAAAGUCUUCCUGGACCCACAGGCUACUACUCUACUCUACUUUCAAGAGCCACACAAAGUGGCAGCCACCACAACACUUCCAUCUAUGGUCUCAUCAAUAACAUCUACCACCCUGCCGGGUCCAGUUAACCCUGAUGCUUCCCAGCCUGGCCCUCAUGUCAGCCAUGAAGGCACGGAGGACAAUAAUGGGGCUGCUCCACAAGAGGGUUCUACAGAUGGAAGUUUUCCUACCCCGUCUUCGGUUUGGCCUGGUGUGAUGACAGAUGAGGCAGAGAUAGGAGGGACCGAGCCUCCAACUUUGACCCCAGACAUAAAGUCUCCAAAAACAUCCGCACAGGCCCAGUUAGACAACGUUGAAGGCUCUGCUUCUGGAGAGGAGGAUUUCUCUGGGCAGGAUAUCCCCCUUUCAGAUAUACCCAGCCUUGCCUACACGCCACCAUCAGUUCCCGCCCUCCUUCACACCCAACCGCCUCUACCCUCAACAGUUAUUGAAAUAAAAGACGGAGAAGCGGAAGCUGCUGUUGGCGGUCCAGAAACUGGCUCAGGUGUGGAGCAGGUGUCGGGAAAGGCGGAGGCCUCUGGCGAUCAGGGUGCUCCAGAUGACCUGCCUCCAGGGAUCAGUGGCACUGUUUUACCAGCUAUGGCUGUUCUGAGACCUGGACACCGAAAUACAACAGAAAUGCAUGACACAUACUCCAAAACCAGCAGAGUUAGUCCCACAACACAUCACUCUGUCACUUUGUCAGAUCACAAGAAGCAUUCUGCCGUCACCACCAAGCCUCCACCUAUAACCCCUGGUCACACUUCAGGGUUGGCCAGCACCAAGCUGUCCACCACAGGCUCCACACCCGGUGUGGAGGUGAAAACUGUUCUAACCACGUUAGCCUUUUCACCUGUUGACCAUACAACCCUCUCCACCCCCCAUCGGGCUCCGAUUCAUCACCCUUCAGUCAAUGCUCUCCCAGAUGAGGAAACUGUGGACUAUGACAGUCCAAGCAUCCCUGUUUUGUUGGAGUCUCGCCCGCAUACCCCUGUAGAGAGUGGGAUCACAGAGCAGGCAGAGGCCAGGUCUGAUUUAGGGCCUUCUCUAGAGCCCAGCUCUGUGAGUAUUGAAGACCUAUUGCCGUGCUCCGUCAAUGUCUGUCUGAAUGGAGGUUCCUGUUACAAGAAAGGCGCACUGAACAUCUGUGCCUGUGCACCUGGAUUCAGUGGGCUGCGCUGUGAAACAGAUGUGGACGAGUGCAACUCUAAUCCGUGCCUGAAUGGAGCCACCUGCCUGGACGGGGUCAACUCCUUCACCUGUCUCUGCCUACCCAGCUACAAAGGACAGCUCUGCGAUCAAGACACAGAGGUGUGUGGAUUCGGCUGGCAGAAGUUUCAGUCUCACUGCUACAAGUACUUCAAACACCCUCGGACGUGGGACGCCGCUGAGAGGGAGUGUCGGCUGCACGGAGGCCACCUGGCCAGCAUCCUGUCGCAGGAGGAGCAGAUGUUCGUCAACCGUCUGGGCAGUGACUACCAGUGGAUUGGCCUGAACGACAGGAUGUUUGAAAGAGACUUCAGGUGGACCGACGGCAACCCAAUGCAAUACGGCCACUGGAGGCCGAACCAGCCGGACAGCUUUUUCCAGUCUGGAGAGGACUGCGUGGUGAUGAUCUGGCACGAGGGAGGACAGUGGAACGACGUGCCCUGCAAUUAUCACCUGACCUUCACCUGCAAAAAGGGAACAGUGGCCUGUAGCCAGCCGCCCGUGGUGAGGCAUGCCGAUAUGUUCGGAGCAAAGAAGCCUCGCUAUGAGAUCAAUUCCCUGGUCCGAUAUCACUGUAAAAAGGGCUUCAUCCAGAGACACGCCCCAACUAUACGCUGCUGCUCCAACGGCCAAUGGGAAACGCCCAAAGUCACCUGCAUGAGUCCUGCAACCUACCACCAGUCAAUGAUCGCUCAGCGCAGUGACAACCAGAGGGAAGAGCAGUGGAGGCACCGCGCCCAUCACACAAACGGUCAGGAGAAACACAAUCCAAACCAGGAGCAGGCGCAGAGUUACAGCGUCCUGGAGACCCUCUGGAGCCCCUUCCAGAACCGAGUUCAGCAGGUCCUCAAGCAGAAGAGGCUAACGAACAGCAGGGCUCACAGCGGCCACUGAAUGUGUUUUGAAGUUUUGUAAAUUGGAAAUGUGACAGUAACAAAUCAAUGCAGGAGGGCCUUGUUGGUCCAGGAGCAUCAGUAGACAGAAGCAGUGUUGUUACAUUGCCUGUCUAUUGGUGAAUCUCACCAGAACAACAUAUGAGAGGUACCAACAUGUAUUUUCUGAAAAAAAAAAAAAAGACAAAAAAAAAAAAAACAACAAACAAAAACUCUAUAGUAUGUUACCUGUAACACUCGGGACCAACUAGCUUCUUUCUUAACUCAGUGAUUGUCUCGGUUUUCAUGCAAUGUCACAAAACUCAGUUCACUGACACCUAAUUGUUACUUUACUGUUUGCAAAAUGACAAGUUGUUCUUUUUUACAUUGGAGUGAUAAAAUAUAUCCACCAGGGGGCGUACUAGAAUGCCUAAUAAUGCUGCAAAUUGGUAUUUCUUUUAACCUUCCACUUUCAAACAAUAUUAAGUCCCAGAGGGGGCUGCAGCACUGUUCAUGCUGAGACCACCCUUUGUUAAACAUUACACAAUAUUACAGGGCGUCCUGGAUGACGAUGACACAGCUGGUUAACCCUUUCACAAAACAAGUAAACAGAAUCUUUCUAACGCCUCGGCAACAAACUUCCCUUAUUAUAAAGUGGUAGAUUCAGUCAAUAUAAACCCAUUAAGAUUAUCAGAAAGACUGAAUGCAACGAUCAGGCGUAUCGUUAUAACCACUGACAUUCGAAAUGAUUAACCCUGCUUAUCUCUUCAUCAUUGUACCUAUUUGUGGGUGGGAUUUAUUAGGAAGCAAUAGAAUAGUAUGCCCUCAAAAGUUUAUAUUUUAGAGGCAAGAUAAAAAUAGGAAAUAUGUAAGGAUUUGAGCAAGUUAGAUGACUAGGCCAGAGCAUCUCUAAACCAGCAGCUCUGUGAGAUCAGCAUCUAUCGAAUGUAGUCCAAGGAAGGAACAGUGGUAACCCUCAUCUGGGCCCAUGUGGUCAAAUCCAGCAGACAAGUUACUUUAGUCAGAUAAAGGCGUCGGAACAUUCAGUGCGCCGCAGCAUGUGGAUGACCUAGGUUAACUAGUUGUGCCUGCAGCCCUUGGGACCAUUUACAACAAAUAGCAACGUGGAGUGCACUAAAAACAUGAUGACAUAAGUUUACUUGUCACAUUGAGUGAUCUUUUCUAAACACAUUUGGCAGCCUGGGUGUGUAACUGUUUACGUCCCAGACCAGACUUCAUCCAUAUGGUGCUGUAUUAAUUAACCUCGUCAUUUUUCUCAUUUCUGGUGAUCUGGAGCCUUUUUCUACUGUUUAAUGUUUGUUUGGCCUCCCCUACACCGCCUUGAGCUAUAGCUGCCAAAUGUGUUAUCAUUGGGAGGAUAAACUCCUCCAUGGAGUGAUGCACAUGUGAGAGUGUCUUUAAAACGAACAUAUCAGUAACCUUAGCAUUUGGACUGGUGCCUUUUAAUGUUUGGGAAAGUUUAAUCAGUAAACAUCAAGUGUUAAGAUCAGUCAAAUCCCGUUCAUUCAAUACUUUUGAACAGAUCCACGCUUAAAAAACAGUUAAAGGGUCAUUUGGAUUGUUUAAAGUGAAAAUUAAGAGAGAGAUUGUGAGCAGCCAGUAUCCCACCUGGGAUAGAGGAGUCUGUGAAAGACUGCCGUGUUGGACGGACAGAAGGAAAGAAAAGAAUGUACAAUCAGGCCGGCAGCUUUCAAAGCAAAGCUCAACGCCAUCGCAGAUUUCAAAUAACUCCAAAAUGUCGAAGCAGCUCAGUGGCACGGCCGUCCAUGCCACCGUUAUAUUUCAAAUAUGAAAUUCUAAUAUAUAGAGCAAAUUACAUCUUUAAAAAUUAUAAUCGUAUAGUUAUUUUUAGGUUUGUUUCCUCUUUAGAUGUUUAUAUGAAGUUGUGAUAAGACUAGCCUUGAAGAAAUGGGGACUAAUGCGCUGGUAGAUAAAAGCGGCAUGUUAUGAAUUUGCAGUGUAUGCUGUUCCUAUUAAUCAUGAGCUAUCUGUUAUGAAGCCCUCUGACUUUAACUUAUUACAUACUUUUACUAUGAAUGGACUGUGACUGCAUAAAGGCUGUUGGGCCUGAGGUGAUUUAUCCAUUAUUAUCAUCCUUGUUUACAUAUUUUUGUCCUUCUUCUUCUUCUGACUAUGAUUUAACAAUACUUUUAUCAUGUAUCGUUUCAAUGUGCUUUUCUUUUAUGAUACACACUAUACGUGUUACAAGAUGGUGCAAGUCAAAAUCUGUGUAACAAACUCACCAUUAAACCUCUCCUUCUGAUUUUUCCAUCAUGAAGUUGCAGAGGUAUUCUCUUCCACAUCCUUGUAGCUGUUUGCUGCACAGCUGGGAUCUGUGUUUUUAACUUUAGAAGUAACAGACAGAGGAACAUAAGAACAACUUUCCAUGCUCCUUUUAGGAUAUUUUUCUACUUUAUGGUGUUACUGUAUUUCAUACAUAUGUGGUGCACAAGCCUAUUUUUAUGUAGUCAUUCUUACAUUCACUUUAAUUGUGCAGCUGCAGGAUACCGUUGUUUCGUUGUAUUUGUCAGCUUUCUUUGAAGUCGAUAUGUUGUGAUGCAACUUUUCCUGCGAGUCAUUUUUUUGUCAUAUCACUUUAUUAAAGAGAGUCUGAGGAGAUUUUUUGUUUUUACUGUCACCGACUCUGCAGUCUGCAGAGGCUUAUUGUUUUUAGGGAAUAAAACUUUGAUGAAAUUCUUACAGUAGAAGUUCUUCUCAACAGAAAUGUAAUUUUUGACGACAUAAAAAAUCUGCAUUGUUGGACAAUAUGGCUCGGAAUGAGAAAUAAACAGUGGAAUCAUACCAA